AUGGCCGCUAAAGAAGCUGCUCAAAAAGAUAAAGAAUCACAAAAAGAACAGAUUUAUUAUUCGGACACAUAUAAAGAUGAAAUGUAUGAAUAUCGUCAUGUAAUUUUGCCCAAGGAAAUUGCGAAGAAAGUGCCGAAAGGUCGGCUAUUAACAGAACAUGAAUGGCGACAUCUCGGUGUUCAACAAUCACUCGGUUGGGUUCAUUUUAUGAUACAUGAGCCAGAACCACACAUUUUGAUAUUUCGCCGUUCACUUAAAGUUGCUCAACAAGUACAACAACAAAGGGCAGCAGCAGCAGCUGCCGCUCAAGCCCAACAACAGCAGUACAAUGUUGUACAUAUGAAAUAG